AUGUCCACAUGGAAAGCAAGGCUCACCAAAAGACUGAAAUCUCCAUCUAGAAGGAUGCAUCCAUUUCCAUGCUCUGCGCUACUUGCUUGUUUUGGGAAUACACAGGAGAAUGCUCCCUUUGAUCAGUCCAGUGUGGCUGAUACUCAUUCCACCACCUAUGGUCAGCCCAUGGCCAAGGCGGACAGAGACCCAAGUCACCCGAGGGGGGAAGAAGGAGCUCCAGAGAAAAGACCAGAUUCCAGCACCCAUUCAGAGAGAAAUGGCAGUGCAAAUCGGAACUCAAGUAACCAUGCUGCUGCUCAGCCUGCUGAGACACCUGAGGAUUUGCCUGGGUCCCUAAAUGCUCAACCAGGCUGUGAAGCAGUUACUUUUCAAACAUCUAUCCCCAGACCAUCAAUUAUUGAAAUGCCAAAGGAAGAAGAGGAAUCCCAAGAAGAACCUAAAUGUCUUGAGUUGGAUCAGAAGAUGACAUCAGACAGCCCAUUUGAGGAUACAGACCUUAAGGACUCUUAUCUCAUUCCAAGAAACAUCAUGGCUGAGGCAGACUACAUAGAAGAUGACAAUCCUGAACUAAUUAGGCCCCAGAAACUAAUCAAUCCUGUCAAAACGUCCCGGAACCAUCAAGAUCUUCACCGAGAACUUCUUAUGAAUCAAAAAAGGGGUCUUGCCCCUCAGAAUAAACCAGAACUGCAGAAAGUGAUGGAGAAGAGGAAACGAGACCAAGUAAUAAAACAGAAGGAAGAAGAAGCACAAAAGAAGAAAUCUGACUUGGAAAUAGAACUAUUAAAACGGCAACAGAAGUUGGAGCAGCUUGAACUUGAGAAGCAGAAAUUGCAAGAAGAGCAAGAAAAUGCCCCAGAGUUUGUGAAGGUAAAAGGCAAUCUCAGGAGAACAGGUCAAGAAGUCGCCCAAGCCCAGGAGUCCUAGGCCGAGGCUGCCCAGAGGCCUCGCGAGUCCCAGCCCAGCACCUCACAGAAGCCGUGUCUCUAGGUGUCUCCUCAGCGCUUAAUCUCAGGGCAGAAGCCCCUGGAGAGAAUUCCAGCCAGCAGAAAAUUUUUACUUUAAAAAGGAUUUGGUUUUGGUUUUCUUCCCCUUACAAUCUGGGUGGAUAAAUUGCCCUUGACAGUUACAGUUCCGAUUCGCCAAAUGAAGGCUGUUGACCAACACAUAAGUUGGGAUAAUGGACCUGUGUUCAGAGACUUAAAAAAAAUAAAAAAGGAAGAGGACACUGGAAUAAAUUUUUGAGAGUUGCACUACUUGGCUUUUCUUCCAGUCCAAGUUUAGUGGGGCACAGAGCCUUUUUUCUUUUAAAAGCUAGAGAAACUGUGUUUAAAUCUUCUUUUUGUCAUCUAUUAGAUAAUUUAGAUGGCAUAGAAAUGCGUUAAACCUGUUACUUUCAAUAUCUGUAAAUUCUAUUUUGAGAACCUGAAGUUUUCUUGUUUAAUUUAUACUUUCACCCAUGUUAGAAUUAACACCAGAGAAUAUUAAUGUUGAGCACAGCUAAUAUCUUUGUUGGCACUUACACUCAGAAAUAGGGUGAGAAAGUUUAAAAAUAUGUGAACAAAAAUAUGUAAACAUCCAUCUCGAUCUUACUUUAGUUCCUUUCAGUUCUCUGUAUAAUAGUAUGCUACAUGGUGACAUUUGAGUUCAGAGAAGGUAUAUCCUGUAAAUCCAUUUAUUGUUUUGAUAACUUGGAGGAUUUGUUUUAAAAUUUUUUGCUGAGCAAGUCCUUUGAGAUGAAAUAUUCUCCCAAGCCUUCAGAGAAUGGAGGCUAGUCCAUAUAACCCAACUUCAGUGUCAGAAAGUAGAGGGACCAAAAUGUCUUGAUUUCUACAGAGAGCAGUGUGGGGAAAGCUCUUAUUGGGAGGUGGGUAGUGAGGAGUUCUUUGAAUAUUUUAAUGUGAAACAAAUGUAGAUUGGUCUCAAGGAAACGUAACUGAAAGAUUUUUAGCAUUUGUACAUUUUGAAUAUCAUUAGAAUUCAAGGUUUGAAAUUUCUGAUUAGUAGUCCCUUAUUUCUUUACCUUUUCUUUUUUCUUGUGAAGAAAGACUGUUUCACCACUUAGUGAUAAUGAUGAUGUUGAUGACUACUGCAUUGCAUCUCUCAGGAAAAGCUGAGGGGAAGGGAGAGGCUGCUCAGUUUCCUCAUUCUAGUAGCGUUCUGCUCAAAGUAAAGCCCGAGUUAUGAAUAUUAGCAGAAUUCACAUGCAAAAUUCAUUUUAUACAGCUGGUAUAGGCAGGAGUACAUUCUGCUUGGGGUGGUAUGGAAACAUUUGUGUGAAUUCAGUGUGUUCUCCAUAUAGUCGAUUCAGCCAGUAAUUUCUACAUUCAGGAUUCUUCUUAUAUUUCCUUUAGAGGCUCAUAGAAAGCCGAAUCCUGAGUCUUCAAAUCCUUAAUAGGGGUAGUAGAAAAUAGCUUUCUACGGGAAUGCUUUAGUUUAAAUAGUUGAUGAUUAGGCCCAUAUUCAAUCUUAAUGUGAACAAGAUAAAAGUAAAUGCAAUGAUAAUAUACUGCUAGUUAGAGAAACAUGUUAGUUGAUUACACCUGAAGUGGAUUAUUUCUCUCAUCAGCAAGUAUUAUUUGAAUAAACUAUGAGAUGCUCAAGAUAAAUGUUGCUCUCUACUAACUUGCUGUUGAAGUGUGGAAUGGUAAUAAUGGUUUCCAUCCUUCCUUUUGAGGGAAGGAAGUGCGAUGACUGAUCGUCUUGAAAGUAUACUUCUGACUGCUUAUUGACUCGGGUUCUGUCUUUGUGUAUAUGGACUAAUGAUGUGACUUUUAAGACAAAGAUUCAGGACUGUCUCGUAUCCUUUCGUCUAACUCGAUUUUAGAUUUUUAGGUCUGUACCCUUGAAGCAACUCUACCACUUGAUAAAAUUCUCAAGGGCUCUGACAGGUUCCUUUAGAAGGACCAAUUCUGUUCCAAGAAUUUACCUAGAAUUCAGUCUUUGCUGGGGGAAAUAAAAAUUACAAAAGCAUUUUCUUCCCAAUCUUACAAAUCUGCAUAAUUAUUUGCAGUUAGUAGUACAAGGUCUGGCCAAAAGAAGACUUUAUAAAUAGCGUAAAGUGAUGUUUUAUGA